AUGUCUGGAAGAGGAGGCAAAGCAUUGACGGUCAUGGCAGCAGUGGCCAUCAGCUGGUACACUGGAGUCAAGUUCUGGCAGCCCCUUGUAAUUGAACAGUUGAAGAAAGACGGAAACCUUCGAGACGACAUCUAUGUCAAUGAUAAAGACGACCUGCCCAAGUCAUGGCAGGAUGUUAAGGAUAGAUGGAAGGAUGUUGUUCAUCCAGAGAACGUGCCACCCGAGACCUUAGGUCAGAAUGCUACUAUUCUGACUGUGGACAGUAUUAAGGUGGAGUCCGUCCCAGAGAAUCCGUCACCAAAGGAAUAA